GGAACUCUCGGAACCAACCUUCCUUCACCCAAGAAAGUAGCUUAGCUCCUCCAAUCCACCUUACUUGAUAAGGUCAAAAUCUACGACACCAAUCUGGAAAUCCUCGAAGCCUUCUGCAACACCGCCAUUGAUCUUGGGUUAGUUUUCACAUGGUAGCCGUAGAAGACCAGCAUGUUGCAAACUCCAGCGCCGAUGUUUCCGCCGCCGACGAAUGGCUUGCCACCCGUGGCGUCCCCUUCAUUCCCACCACCUCCGCUGUAUCUGUGUCAGAAACGAGUCACCACGCAGCACAGCAUGGCGGUUCUCGCCUUGGGUUUUUGGCCGAUACCGGAGCGCCGUUCAUGAUUAAUGCUUACCCAUAUUUCGCCUACAAGGAAAACCCCAGUGCCGUCGAUUUAGAAUAUGCUCUGCUCGGAAAUGCCACCCGCAUCCAUGACCCAAAAGGGUACAUCUACAACAACAUGCUGGAUGCUCAAAUUGAUGCAAUUAGAUCGGCAAUAAACGCUCUGGGGUUUGGUAAUCAGACGAUCGAGAUCACAGUUUCAGAGUCUGGGUGGCCAUCAAAAGGGGCUCCUGGUGACUCCACCGCCACGCUGGACAAUGCAAAGAAAUAUAACACUCGAAUCCCCACAGGCAACAAGAUUCCAUCUAAGAGCAGCGCCUUCUCAACCCAAUGCAUUUCUAAGAGGCUGCAAGUAGCUGAGUUUUUUGGUCUCCGUUCCAGCUCUUGCGUGAUUUAUGCUACAAACGCCAGAGGAACUUCUUUUUCUGAGGUGGUGGCUGCUCAGCUUACUCCUAAGGUUGAUUGCCUACUUCAGCCUUUUAAUCUUUUCUGAAUUUUCUUUCUUGUUUUAUGCUUGUGCACAGAGAUUAGACCAGUCAUAGUAAUAUCUAUCUAAAAAUGUUCAGUGCUUUCUUGCAAUAUUCGUCACAAUUAAGCUGUUCUGGAGUUCUGAGUCCAUAUAAACACUUUGUUUUGUAUAUUCUUCUAAUAAUCUCAUCUUUUUUUU